AGGGCAGCUAACUUAAUGCCAAUCUCGGAAAAUUUUGUAAUUUUUUCGGCCGGUCGUACUAAUUUUGACAUAUUUUCAGCUUUCAGCCAUAAAAUCUCAAUGUUUUUAUUGUAGAUUUUUGUUAAACGAUUGUGUGAGUAAUAGAAAAACUUUUACAGAAGAAAGCAAUACCGGGGUGCAACCUGGAACAGGCUAGAAAUUUGGUUACUUCGAUGCUGUAAGAAAUAGUUCGCGACGUCUGGAGUAGUGUUCAUAGCAUAUACUUGGUUUGCGGCGCGAGGAAAUAGGAAAAGGUGUUCGAUAAAACGACAUACGGAGAAAUCAAGAAAAAAGCAGAGAAAGCGAGUAGGCGAAUAGUGUUACAAGCAAAGAAAACUAUAGACUGGACAAACGGAAAAACGUAAUUGCAGUUAGAUUUAUUUAAUUUUACCAAAAAAUUGCUACAACACAAGUGGAAAAGGAAAAUAAUUUGAAAUUGAAAAUUCUCAUUUAUUAAUCAUCCGCACGGAUACGCACAAGUAUGUAAAUUUCGGGUGUAACUGGUCACAUCAUCACAUGAUAGUAGUUAGAUAGCCCAAAAUUAAAACAGAACGUAUCAAAUAAUGCACUUUACACGCCUCUGUGAAAAAUGCAAAAAUAGUAAAUGUGUGUGCGUGGACAAAUAAUCGAAGCCGAAGCAUUUGCGAAAAAAUCGAUUUGAUACAACAAUAAUGAACAACACCUUGGCGUAUGCACUCGCUGUACUAAUGUGCAAAUAAUAAUCAAAGAAUAAAGAUUUCAAGACCAUAAAACAACAAAGUAGCAGAAACAUCAGCAGUUAAGCUAUUAGAUUUAAAAAUGAUUUCGGUUCAUAUGAGAGACGCUUAGACAACUGCGUUAUCUAGCGACAUCAAUAACUUAUUAACGAAGACAAGAGUCGCCAGCUGUAACUGGAUAUUUGACGUCUGCAGUAAAAGCAGCAAAUGCAUUUCAAACAGGCUAUGUGUUCAAAAAAUGCCCAGAAAUGCUGCAAAAAAAUUAAGUAACGACGAGGUGUGUCUUCCAAUACAAACAGUUAAAGUAAUAGCAGAAACAAUAAUUGAAAUAAGUUCAAAGAACGAUUUAAUACAAAAUAGUACACCAACAAUUUCAACUAUAACACAACAACAACAACAACAACAACAACAGCCAAGUAAACAAAUCGACUUAGAAGAAAAACCAAAAGCACAACAGCAGCUACAACUAGAACAAAAAGAGCUACAACAACAGCAACAGCCGACCCAGCAAGCAAAAAAAAGCAGACGAUCGCGUAGAAAACGGCGAAAUAGACAAAUAUCCAAAAAACGUAAAUCAACAAAGGAGAAUGCUACUAUAGAGAGUGGCAAUACUGAAAGAAAAACUAGUGAAGAAAAUCCAGUUGCAACCCAGAAUUCAUCCAAAAGUCCUUCAAAACUUCCUGCGUCCAGAAAACGUCGCUAUACGCCGCCAUAUUAUCCCACGCUUUAUCCCGUAGUUAUUGAAACUUGUGUGGAAUUAGUUGAUAAUCAAACAGCAAACGCAUCUACUAAAGCAGCAACAACUGGCUCAAAUUCUACUGCAUCAGCAGGCGGCGUAGUUGGCACAUCACGCGCAUCAUUUGGCGCCGGUGGUAGUAGACGAACUUUACGGAGACGCCGGAGUGUUACCAAUUUCACAAAACGAAAGAAUAAAGCUAAAGUCAAGGGAAAAGCAGGUCCUAAAGAAGCGGCGACUACUGCGCUGAAAGGUCUUAAAAGCAAAGAAACCGUUGAGCGGCUUGCGACCUUACGAAAUCGUAAGAAAUUGGAAGAGAUACUUAAGGCGAAGAAAAGGCAAAAUCAAGCUGCAAGCAAAGGUGGCAGCGGUAGGGAGCAAGUUAAAAGACAUCCAGCGUGGUUCAAUUUGGAUGAGACAUUGCUAAGCAAAAUCGAAACGCUCGAAGUUGAGGUUAAAAAAGUUGGUACAAAACGCAAACGUGAUAGUAGUGUUGCGGCGGCACGCAAGCGCAACUGCAAUACACACAAGCACACGCCGCCGCCAUCAGCGGCACAACUGCCUCCAACCAACUUUGAUUUUGCAGCACUUCAUUGCAGUGGCGUACCAGCGGCGGAAAAUAUUGCCACACCUAGUAUUAAUAUAGCACCUGGUGAUAGUGAAGUAGUCAGCAGAGCACCGGUGUCCUCAAAACCACUGGAAAUAACUGCAGAGGUUCCGGUUGGGGCUGUAACAACAACUACAACUGCGACAGCUACUAUAUCUGCAAACAGUACAACACCCACCACCAGCGGCAACGUUAAAAAACGCGGACGCGGCAUCAUGUCGCUUUACGAUCGUCGGUAUCAAACCACAACGGACGGUGAGGCGCGCGCCAGUUCUGGUAGCGUUACAAACGGUUACCUUAGUUCGACGCGCACUUCCUCGGCGUCAUCAAGCGCCGUACAUUCGGAUGUCGAGAAUGCACAGGAUAUCUCACAACAACAAUUCUACAUGCCAGUGGCAUCAGCUUCCAGCGGUGGCCUCACCGUCAGCAGCAGCAGCGGUAGUGGCGGUAUAGUCGCGGCCACACAAUUGGGCAAUGGCAACACGCUGAACCAUGCGCCCUCCAUGGCGACGCUUUGCAACAUCGGCAACACUUGCUACCUAAAUUCGGUUGUGUACACAUUGCGUUUUGCGCCUCGAUUUCUACACAAUCUCCAUCAUCUAAUUGUGGAUUUAUCCAGCAUACAACAGUGUAUAGCGCGACAACGCGCCGCGAAAUCAUCAUCGUUGGGUCGAGGUAUUAGUGCAGUACAACUGGAGAAUGCGCGCAGUUUUAGUAGCAAAGAUCUAGCAGCGCUCGAACAGAACGCACUCAUGAGUACAGGUGGCGGUGGCAUUGGUCAGAAGAGUAGCCAUCAAAUGUUGACCGAACGACUGCACGAGCUCUAUCAGUGUUUGCACCGCAAUGAGGUAGCCGAAUCGACAGAACCCUUCCAUGCCGAUACAUUGUUGCAUGCAGUUCAGGAUGUAAAUGCAAUUUUCGAAGGUAAUCAGCAACAGGAUGCGCAUGAAUUUCUCAUGUGUUUAUUAAACAGUAUACGCGAGACUUGUCAGCUACUGAUUAAGGCUAUUAGCGAGUAUCCAGAUCUAAUUAUUAAUGGCUACAUACGCAAUCCGGAUGAACUGGACGCCUACACACUCGACCGCGACACUCUAAGUGGCACUACAAGUAAUAAUAAUGCAGUUGGUAGUGGAAAUUCCGCUACUACUACUGUUGCAACAUCCUCUAGUCUAAGCACAAGCAGCAUACCGAAAUCAUCAUUCUUCUCACGCAAAUCCAAGCGAAAAGAUGAUUCGAAAAACUCGAAAAACACACGAAUCCAAUCACCGCUCAAGGAUGGCCAGAGUGGUAAUGGCUUGCAGGCAACUGCCAAUAGUCUAUUUUACUUGAACUCGGUCGAUCUCAGCAGCGCGCCGCCUUCGAACGCAACAGCUACCAGCAACGCAGCUGCUAGCAGUCCUAAUGCUGUAAUAAAAGGGCUGUCAGGCAAUGAAUCGAGCAGUGAACUCUCGUCACCUGUUAGUAUGCUGAAGGAUAAGGAGCGAUUGGCUGAAAAGAUACGUGAAUUGGGUCUGGACUUUUUUAGCGAGGACUUUGAAGGGGUAACGGUGUCAAGUACAAAGUGUCUGAGUUGUGAGACGGUAACGGAACAGAAGGAGAGCAUGAUUGAUAUUGCAGUGCCGGUGCCAAUUUCCGGAUAUGAUAAUUCGGACUACACGGACAAGCCAAGCUCGUUUAUACAGAAUUCAUGUGUCACUCGAGAAUUUUUCCGCGGCGAGAAUAAGUACCGCUGCGAACAGUGUACCGGUUACACCGAAGCCAUACGAUCCAUUUCGUAUGAAGUGUUGCCGCGUCUAUUAGUCAUCCAAUUGAGUCGCUUCUCGGGUGGCAUGGAAAAGAUAAACAGUUACAUUCCCACAUCGUUCACGUUGCAGUGCUUCUGCGCUAAGUGCUGUGAGCUCAGCGAUGCCAACAAACUGCAUAUCUACAAACUCUACAGCGUAAUAACACAUGUGGGUGCCACGAUGUCCGUGGGCCACUACAUUGCCUAUACCUGUUCGUUAGAUUGGGCUAAUGAGUAUAUUAACUGUCCGAAGGAUCGGCGCAAUAAUUCCAACAAUAGCUUACAACAAACGAACGGCUUGUCCAAUAAUAGUCUAUACCCGUUGGGUGGCGGUUCAGCAGCUUCAGGUGGCGGCUCAACACCGAACGAACGUAGCAGCCCCGGCGCACAGGCAGCUUCGGCCGCCAGUGCGGCUGCAUCAGUGCUCGCCUCGUCGGGUUCUAGUCUGAUGAAGAAAAUGAAAUUUGGACGGAGCAAGGCAUCGAGUAGUGGUGAUAUGAGUAAGAAUAUGAAAAAUUUGAAUGGGAUCACAAGUAAAGCCAUUACAAAUGGCAUUGGCAAGCUAAGCAUGAAUACAACUUGUCAUAGUUUGACAUGUUGUGCGACGCGUAUUUGUAGCGUACACCAGCAACAGCAAUUACAACAGCAGCAACAACAAUUGAGCGGCAGUACCAAUGAAUUGAGCGAAGAGACGCUGCAGAAUGGCACAAAUCUUGCCUCUUCCUCGAUGAGCAUCAGCGGUAGUAGUAGCAAUACCGGCGGAGUUGGUGCUGGUGUCGCUGGCGGUAGCGGUACAAUUAGUGGUGGCAGUAGUACCACCAGUGGCUACAAUAGCUACCCGGCUGGCUAUGGUAGUACUGGUCGCGGUGGCACCAAGGCCGGCAGCACCUUCAGCGGCAAUGGUGGUGGUGGUGGCUAUGCAUCUAGUUGUGGCAGUCUUUCAGCGGCGGCGGCAGCGGGCGGCAGCAAUCACGGCGAACCCAUUUGGUAUAUGUGCGAUGAUGAUAAAAUCAAAGCAAUGACACAACGUGAAUUCGAAGAAUUGUUAUCACCUGCACGCAAAAUCACCGUUACGCCGUACCUGCUCUUUUAUGCGCGCUUCGAUUUGCAAACGUCGACACCGCCAAGCGCCAAGUCGACAUCAACAACAUCGACGGCACAGUCAUCACUCUGGUCCAAUGAGAAUUUGGCACCGCAACCGGGCGCCACAGCAGCGGCUUUACAUAAAAUGUGAGUAACGCUGAGCGAGUCAGUGUUGGCG